CCUGACUGGUUUCUGACUGGUUCCUGACUGGUUCCUGACUGGUUCCUGACUGGUUUCUGACUGGUUCCUGACUGGUUCCUGACUGGUUCCUGACUGGUUCCUGACUGGUUUUGGGGUCUGAAGAGAGACACAAACACAACAAAAUCUUGCAGGAGUGAAAAGUAGACAGAAUUUUUGACACCUGGUUUACAUCUGUUUCCUGAUUGGCUGAUGGAGAAGCAGGCUCUGCCCGCCUCCUCCUGCUCUCUGGUCCUCCUGGAGGAGACCAAGAAGAGCCCCCUGAACGGCUCUGAUUGGCUGAAUGGCGGCGGUGGCGGUUACCCCACCUCGGCCUCUAACGGCAGCCUCGUCCCUCUGGGGUCGGGGGUGACAGGGUCCGUCGGUGGUGCUUGUGCUGGCCCGGAGAAGAAAGUGGGCGUGGCCAAUGGGGCGGUGCCGGCGUACCAGGAGCGAGAGACGUGGACGCGGCAGAUGGACUUCAUCAUGUCCUGCGUCGGCUUCGCUGUUGGACUCGGAAACGUGUGGAGGUUCCCCUACCUGUGUUACAAGAACGGAGGAGGCGUCUUCCUGAUCCCGUACAUGAUCGUUGUCUUCGUCGGAGGGAUCCCCAUCUUCUUCCUGGAGAUCGCCCUGGGACAGUUCAUGAAGGCCGGCAGCAUCAACGUGUGGAAUAUCGCUCCGCUCUUUAAAGGUUUGGGUUAUGCCUCCAUGGUGAUCGUGUUUUUCUGUAACACCUACUACAUCAUGGUGCUGGCGUGGGGCUUCUACUACCUGAUCAAAUCGUUUAACGCCACCCUCCCCUGGUCCACCUGUGACAACGAAUGGAACACGCCCAGCUGCCUCGAGAUCUUCCGACACCAGGACUGCAACAAUGCCAGCCUUGCCAACACCACCAUCAGCGGCAACCUGACCUGCGGCCAGCUGGCUGAGGCUCGAUCGCCCAUCAUCGAGUUCUGGGAGAACAAGGUGCUGAACAUCUCCACUGGUCUGGAUGAUGUCGGAGAGUUUAACUGGGAGCUAAUGCUGUGUCUGAUGGCCGUCUGGGUUAUGGUUUAUUUCUGCGUCUGGAAAGGAGUCAAAUCCACUGGGAAGAUCGUGUACUUCACGGCGACCUUCCCCUACGUGGUCCUCAUCAUCCUGCUGGUCAGAGGCGUCACACUUCCUGGAGCCAUCAAUGGCAUCAUGUACUACAUUAAACCCGAUUGGUCCAAACUGGGGGAGGCUCAGGUGUGGAUCGACGCCGGCACUCAGAUCUUUUUCUCGUACGCCAUCGGACUCGGCGCUCUGACGGCUCUGGGCAGCUACAACCGCUUCAACAACGACUGCUACAAAGAUGCCUUCCUUUUGGCUCUGAUAAACAGUGGAACUAGUUUCUUUGCUGGUUUUGUCGUGUUUUCUAUCCUGGGCUUCAUGGCUAAUGAGCAGGGAGUCGACAUCUCGCAGGUCGCUGAAUCAGGUCCGGGUCUGGCCUUCAUUGCGUAUCCGAUGGCGGUCAGUCUGAUGCCGGUGGCUCCGCUCUGGGCGGCGCUCUUCUUCUUCAUGCUGCUGCUGCUGGGACUCGACAGUCAGUUUGUCGGGGUGGAGGGUUUCGUUACUGGAAUUCUGGAUCUGUUUCCUGGAAAGCAGUUCCAUCGCUACAAAAGAGAGAUAGCCGUGGCGAUCUGCUGUUCACUGUGCUUCAUAAUCGACCUCUCCAUGCUGACGCAGGGAGGGAUGUACGUCUUCCAGUUGUUUGAUUAUUACUCGGCCAGCGGGAUGACUCUGUUGUGGCAAGCAUUCUGGGAAUGCAUAGUAGUUGCCUGGGUCUAUGGUGCUGACCGCUUCAUGGACGACAUAGCUCGUAUGAUUGGCUACAGGCCGUUCCCCUGGAUGAAAUGGUGCUGGUCCUUUAUAACUCCAUGUGUCUGCAUGGGAAUCUUCUUGUUCCACCUGGUGAACUACAAGCCUCUCACCUACAACAACCAGUACGUGUACCCGUGGUGGGGCGAGGUGAUUGGCUGGUGUCUGGCUCUGUCGUCCAUGCUCUGCAUCCCCGUCAGCCUCAUCUACAAACUGUUCAGAGCCAAGGGAACCUUCAAGGAGCGCUGGGCUCACCUGACCUGCCCGGUGUGGGGGCCCCAUCACAUGGAGUACAUGGCCCCCGACAUCAAGUCUCUGACCUCUCUGUCUCCCUGCACCGACGACAACAAGGUCAUCAUCUUUGAGAGCGUCAUGUAGAGCGGACUCCACCAAUCACAGCUCUCCGUCUCCAUCCAUCACACCUUGACACCUCCACAACCUGCAGAAUACCUCCAUCCUGAACCCUUGCAUCAGAACAGACUCCUCAACAAUCAAUCAGUCGACCCUCCUCUGAUCCAUCGAUCGACCGCCCUCUCGGGGGUUUAACCGAUCGAUGAGUCACCUCGGGCGAUUGAUUUCGUCUCCUUCAGACCAAAGCUCCGCAGAUUUUAUUCAAACCUGUGAGGAAACGAGAGAAGGAGGCGGCUCCACCGGGAGAGUUUCUACAACCACAGAAACAACCACAGAAAGCUUCCUUUUUCCAGAAUUCACUGAUUGAAACCAGCAGAUCAAUGACGGCUUCUUUUGACUGUAAAGGGCUUCUAUUCCUUUUGCUUCUCAUCAAAGAAAGUGUAAAUAUUAUUCCCCUUGACUCAUUCUCUUCCACCACACAUCAAACCCUGGAGGAGCCCAAGUGGAAAGAUUUUCUUCUUCAUUAAAACGCUGCUGAAAAGUCAAAUCGAACUUUAGUCCUUGGUGAACAGUAUCAAUGCAAUCUCGUCUUCGGUUGGAGAAUCUCUGACAAACGACCAUCACACAAACGCAUCAUCACAUCAUCAUCAGACAUCAGCAGAUGGACGGUGCUUUAGCUUCUUUUGGCUGCAGCUUUUUGCAACUUCUGAGCUCAAACAUUCACUUUUCUGAAGAUUAUUUUUUCUGCCCUGUUUGUGUGAUGGUUGUUUUCUCCAGACAGAGUUCUAGACAGACAGACUGACUGACCCUUAGAAGAAUCCGCGGAGGUCGUUUGCUUUGUAACAGGAAAGAAAAGCUGUUGAGGGGUCCUGAGUAAUAUUUGUGGAAAUAUCUCCCCAAAUGUCUCUCUAUUUAAAAAAACAAAACAAGUUCUGCAGCAGGACUGACGAGUAAAAGAAGUUCCUGUUACAGAGCAAUCCUUGAACUCACCACGCUUGCCAGGAAGCUGAUCAGAUCUGAGUGGAUCCUGAAUGCAUCAUCAGACUGUUCUUGUUCUGAGUGUGUCGUCAGUGUGAAGUGUGAAAUACUGUGAAACUUUAAACUCCUCCGUCUGAUCUCAGAACAGUUUGACCUCUGACCUCUGCUCCACAGUCUCGCCGUGACAAGAUUCACUUAGAAAAACAACAGAACUGAUGUUAGAAGGAAGGUUCAGGUGAGAUUUCAGUCAUUGGUUGAUUUUUUUUUUACUUUAAUUUUUGAAUAAAAUCUAUUUUUAUACCAGUUUUCGUUCAUUCAAAAUAAUCAAAAAAACAUCAAAUCAUCAAAUCUCUCAGCGAGAGACAAAAUCUGGUUUCACAAAGUCAAACUUA